AUGACUUCCACGUUGACCAAGGUCACCUCUCUAGGCUCACACUCAGAGAACCACAGUGUGCCCUUUCCAACUCCAGUGACCGAAGCGCUCUACAGCGAUGUCAUCAACCCUCCCCCACCCAUGGACUUUGCAGCUGUCACCAGAAUCCUCGCACCCAUCACCGAGUCUCUCAACGAGAAGGCUGAAGAGGCCAUCCUUCCUUCUCCGCCACUCAACACACCCGUCAUUGGCUCCCCUGCUCCGUCAGUCACGUUGCGCUCUGUCGCCCCGCGACUUCGCGGCUUCAGUGGCAUUGGUGAUAGGCUCGCCAAGUUGAAAAUCGAAGGUCGCAUAUCCCGCCGACAUCGCCACCAUGGUGGCACCGACAUGACCUCUAGCACUCGCUCCGCCGAGCCUUCUGUAGUCGGGGAGUGUGACGAGUGUGAGAUGGCCAGCGUCAGUGAGGUCAUGAGCGAGGGCUGCAAGGACAAGGGAUGUCCUGGCCAUGCACGUUCUCCCACAAUCAACCCACGUAUCGAGGAAUACCUUUCCUUCACCUCCAAGGACCUGCCGAACCAAGCUCCUGCUCCUGUUACAGGAGCUACGCUCGCUCAGCAUGCUCAGUCAACAAGCACGACCGCUCUUGACGCCAACAGUCUGCGUAGCCGCGUCAGCUUCAAGAGCGACGGUGUCACUGAGAAGAGCAACUGGGCUGACGAUGUGGAGGAUGGCUUCGACCGUAUCUGCCUUCGCCUUGAGCAGCUGGCCGAUGACGAGCACAACACAGACCCGAGCAAGAGUCCGGAGGAAUACUACAUUGCUCGUAUAAAUCGUCUGCUAUGCAGCGGUAAGCGUCAGAUCCCCGUCCGCAUCGCCGUAGGCGCGAAUGCCGCACUGUAG